AUGUCUACCGAACGUGAAAACAAUGUCUACAUGGCUAAGCUUGCUGAACAAGCCGAGCGUUACGAUGAAAUGGUCUCCUUCACCAAGGAUGUUGCAAAGAUGGGUGUUGAGUUAACUGUUGAGGAACGUAAUCUCUUGUCCGUCGCCUAUAAGAACGUCAUCGGUGCUCGUCGUGCAUCUUGGAGAAUCGUGUCAUCCAUCGAACAAAAGGAGGAGAGCAAGGGAAACACCGCUCAAGUCGAGAAGAUCAAGACUUACCGUCAAAAGAUUGAAAACGAGCUCCAAGAUGUCUGCAAGGAUAUCUUGAAUGUCUUGUCUGAAAACUUGAUCCCUAAUGCUCAAGGUGGUGAAUCCAAGGUCUUUUACUACAAGAUGAUGGGUGAUUAUCAUCGUUAUCUUGCCGAGUUCCUUACCAGCGAGUCUCGCAAGGAAUCUGCCACCCAAGCUCACGAAGCUUACAAGACUGCCACAGAAAUCGCUCAAACCGAAUUAGCUCCUACUCAUCCUAUCCGUUUGGGUCUUGCUCUCAACUUCUCUGUCUUCUACUACGAAAUCCUUAACUCUCCUGACCGUGCCUGUCACCUCGCCAAGCAAGCCUUCGAUGAUGCUAUUGCUGAACUCGAUACUCUCUCUGAAGAAUCUUACAAGGACUCUACUCUUAUCAUGCAAUUACUGAGAGACAAUCUCACUUUGUGGACUUCUGAUUUACAAGAGGAAACUGAAAAGUCAGAUGAAGCCAAGGCUGAACCUGUUGAUGAAUCCAAGUAA